GUUGAAUUGGAGCACUCAGUGCCAUCACUUCGCUCCUGAAUGUAAGAAGCUCCAGAGCUCUGGGAUGUGGCAUGAGAGUGGAUGUAGUAAACCACAGAGAAGAAACCACAUUGCAGGAUGUGUACACAUGCUUAAAUGAAGCUUGAAUAGGAAGAUGGAGUUUACAAGGCUGAACACGUCGAAUGAAAAUGACAGUUCAGAUGGAGGAUGGCACAUGGUGAUUGCCCCUCGUUCAGCUGAGAAAAGCUCAGAUCAGCAGGACCAGCUGGACGGGGAGUUUUGCAGAAGCCUUCCAAGGGCACAUUUUCUGCGUCCUGGCUGUUUUCAUGCUGCAGCGGAGCGAGGUGCGUUUUCUCCUGAAAGCCAUGACCUCUGCUUCAAGGGCAAAUGGCUGCAGGAUCAGCGCUCCUGGGGCAGUAAGAGUUCUGCGAAUGUGGCUCACUCAUGUAGUCCAAACCCACUCGCCCAGCCAGGUUUCUACAGCCCAAAAAUUCCUCGAUCCAGACCUUGCGAUCCUUCAACAGAGUUUUCCAUGACCAAGAACACAAAGGAGUACGAUGCUCAUACACUGCCAUUACCUCACACCAAAUUAGCUGUUUUCAAGCAAAGGCAGGUGGACACAAAGUCAAAGAAUGUGUUUGGUCAGCCCCGUGUGAUCGCUACACUCCGGUCAGGCUGCACCCCACGACCUGUUCACAAGACCACUGUAGUGGAGGACCUGAAAAAGCUCAUUCUUAUGGAUGACACAACUGACUCACCAACCCAACCAAGCAGAAGUGCUACUGAGUGUCUUCAAGACUCAUCUUCACCAAAGCCCUUAAUGUUCUCCAGCCCUGUCCUCACCAGGCAUCCUGUACCCAGACCCAACCACCUCUCUCUGCAAUCUGACCCCUCAUUGUGCCAGCAGCGACGUGGACUCUCCGACACUCUGGUGUGGGACCAGGAUGUUCAGUAUGAUCAGGAACCCCUGAAUCUGACGAAUACAGCAUGCAAGCUUGACUGGACCAGCUUGGUGAAUGCAGCUGAGGCUUAUGAGACGCAGGAGAUGGCUAACCUCCUGGCUGGUGAGUCACGUGACAUUCAGUCAGGUACGAGCCCUGAACCACACAGUCCACACCUCGCUCAUUCUCUCAGUGAAGCUUCAGAUGACAAUGUGUUCGUUGAGUUUCCUGACCAACUCUCUCACCUGGAGGCCAUGCUGAUGAGACUCAGCACUGAUCUCCUGAAGGAGAAGAAGGACAAGGUGGCUUUGCUAGCUGAGGUGUUGAAACUUCGCAUGAGCAACCAGCACCUGAAAGAGGAAUCGCUGUCGGCUAACGCGCAGCUGCACAAAAUCUGCCAGAUGUUCAGCAUAAACCCUGAAUCCGUAGAGUAGAAGAUGAGAGGCCAUGAGGCAUCUUUGUGCUAAAAAUCCAAGUUUAAUUGACAAUAAAUAAAACAUCACGACAAUGUAGGAGUUCCACAAAAACUAUUUUUUAAAACUCUCUGAAUCAUGUUAAACCUCUGCUAAAACUUUCAAACACACAAUAAUGUGGUAACAUAACUAAAAUAACAUUAAUACAUAACAUAUAAUAGAAAUUCGGAAUAAAUAAAUAAAAAAAAACAAAAAACAAAUAAAGCUGUUU